ACAAUCCGACGAAGAAGAAACCAACAACAAGAUAUGCGAAACUUUAACUGAGCUGUCACUUCGUUUGGAUGUCUUCAGUAAGAGGGAUGGGAUUCUUACCGAGGAGAAGCUUUAUAUGUGUACUUUCCCUCAUCGUUCUCCUGUCGGAGGGACAUUUCCGAUGGGUUGAGGCGCAGCACUGUGUGUGGUACGGGGAAUGUGGAGAGUCGGAGAAGGUGCCCGGGAAGAAGUACAACUGCAACUACACUGGCCCUUCCAUCCCCUUGGCCUCUGAGGGAUAUGAACUUCUCACGGAACUUUGUCCUGGAUUUGACUAUGGAAACAAGAGCCUCUGCUGUGACGCUGACCAGUUACGCACUCUCAAAGGGAGUCUUCAGCUGCCCCUUCAGUUCUUGUCUCGGUGUCCUGCGUGUUUCUUCAACCUGAUGAACCUCUUCUGCGAGCUGACAUGCAGCCCCAACCAGAGUCAGUUUAUGAACUCCACCAAGGUCGAUGGUCCCAAUGUGGUGGAAGUGCAGUACUAUAUUGGACAGACAUUCACGAAUGCCAUGUAUAACGCCUGUAGGGAUGUCCAGGCACCAUCCAGUAAUGUGAAGGCAUUAUCUCUGCUCUGUGGGAAGGAUGCAGCUGAAUGCAAUGCUACAAACUGGAUCCAAUAUAUGUUUGAUAUAAACAAUGGGCAGACUCCAUUUCCCAUCAUUCCAAUAUUCUCAGAUGCCCCGGUGGCUGGUUACGAUCCCAUGAACAACAAGACAUACGACUGUACAGAGGGCCUGGAGGACGGUUCAGGACCCUGCUCCUGUCAGGACUGCUCAAAGGCCUGUGGCCCCAAACCUGUGCCUCCCCCUCUCCCCCCUCCCUGGACAAUCCUCGGUAUUGAUGCCAUGACUGUCAUCAUGUGGAUCUUUUACGUGGCCUUCCUGCUUGUGUUUAUUGGGGCUGUAGUGGGAGCUUGGUGUUACAGGAAAAGGACCAUCAUGUCUGAGUAUGGCCCCAUACUUGACAGUAAUAACCCACUAUCUCUCAACGGUGAUAAUCCCGGCCAAGUAAAUGCAACCUGCUGUGAAAUACUGGGCGAACGCUUCGAGACCAUCCUUCGAAACCUCUUCAGCUCCUGGGGUUCCUUCUGUGUCCGGUAUCCCUCUGUCGUUAUACUGGGAAGCCUGAUUCUAGUAGUUGCCUCCUCUAGUGGUCUGGUCUACAUGCACAUCACCACAGACCCUGUCGAUCUAUGGUCGUCUCCCAGUAGCCAGGCUCGCCAAGAGAAGGACUACUUCGACAGCCACUUUGGACCCUUCUUUAGAACCGUGCAGCUCAUUAUUACCACUCCACUCAAUAAAUCUUUCCUCUACUCCCCGUACUUUGGAGGAUCAGAUGUCCCGUUUGGUGGCAUCCUGGACAAAGAAAUCCUGCACCAGGUGCUGGACCUGCAGCUUGACAUUGAGGCACUUGUAGCCACAUACGAGGGCGAAACUGUCACCAUGAAAGAUCUCUGCUUGGCUCCACUGGCCCCGUACAAUACCAACUGUACCAUCCUGAGUGUGCUCAACUACUUCCAGAAUAGCCAUGCUGUGCUGGACCACAUUAUAGGAGACGACUUCUUUGUCUAUGCUGACUUCCACAGCCACUUCCUCUACUGUGUCAGUGCACCAGCAUCCCUCAAUGACACCACCCUUCUCCAUGACCCCUGUUUAGGCACAUAUGGCGGGCCCGUCUUUCCUUGGCUGGCCCUCGGAGGUUAUGACGAGACAAACUACAACAACGCCACUGCUUUAGUGAUCACAUUCCCCCUCAACAACUACAUGAACGACUCAGUCAAGAUGGGCAAAAGUCUGGCAUGGGAGAAAGAGUUCAUCAGCUUCAUGAAGAACUUCAGCAACCCCAACCUGACUAUCGCUUUCAGUGCGGAGAGAAGCAUCGAAGACGAGUUAGACAGAGAGAGCGACAGUGACAUCAGCACCAUAGUGAUCAGCUACGCCAUCAUGUUCAUCUACAUCUCACUCGCUCUGGGUCACAUCCAGAGCUUCAGGAGAGUCCUGGUGGACUCAAAGAUCUCUCUGGGUAUAGCAGGUAUCCUGAUUGUGCUCAGCUCUGUGUCCGCCUCUCUGGGGAUCUUCAGCUACUUUGGUAUACCCCUCACCCUCAUUGUGAUCGAGGUCAUUCCUUUCCUGGUGCUGGCUGUGGGAGUGGACAACAUCUUCAUCAUAGUGCAGACGUAUCAGAGAGAUGAGCGGAUGCCACAGGAGGAACUGCACCAGCAGAUUGGCCGUAUCCUUGGUGAUGUGGCCCCCAGCAUGUUCCUCUCCUCCUUCUCUGAGACAGUGGCCUUCUUCCUGGGAGCGCUGUCCAACAUGCCCGCCGUGAGGACCUUCUCCAUGUUUGCUGGCUUGGCUGUUUUUAUUGAUUUCCUGUUGCAGAUCAGUUGCUUUGUCAGCUUGCUCGGCUUGGACGCCAGAAGACAGGAGGCGAGUCGACUCGACAUCCUCUGCUGUGUGAAGCUGCCAGAAGGACAGGAAGCAAAGACAGACAGCUUCCUCUUCCGGUUUUUCAAGAAAGUCUAUGCUCCAUUCAUUCUCAAAGAGUGGGUGCGACCAAUCAUAGUGGCAGUGUUCGUGGGGAUGCUCUCCUUCAGUAUUGCUGUAGUGAAUAAAGUAGAAAUUGGACUGGACCAGAAACUCUCCAUGCCUGAUGACUCCUACGUGCUGGACUACUUCAGGAAUCUGAGCAGGUACCUCCACACUGGAGCUCCAGUGUACUUUGUGGUGGAGGAUGGUUUGAACUACAGUAGCCCAGAGGGUCAAAAUGUAGUGUGUGGAGGAGUGGGCUGUAACAAUGACUCUCUGGUCCAGCAGGUCUAUGCUGCCUCUCUCAUCAGCAACUACACAACCAUCGCCUUCACACCGUCCUCUUGGCUCGAUGACUACUUCGACUGGGUGAAGCCUCAGUCCACCUGCUGUCGAUACUACAACACCACCGGAGCUUUCUGCAACGCCUCAGUGGUGAAUCCCUCCUGUGUUCACUGUCGGCCUAUGACUCCCAGUGGGAAGAUGAGGCCAGAAGGAGAUGACUUCAUGCGGUUUCUACCCAUGUUUCUGUCAGACAAUCCGAACAUCAAGUGUGGAAAAGGUGGUCACGCAGCUUAUGCAACAGCAGUGGACCUCUAUCCUGAAAAGAAGGGGGUUGGAGCAACUUACUUCAUGACUUAUCACACAAUCCUGAAUGAUUCCCCUGACUUUAUACACGCUUUAAAAAUGGCCCGAAACUUGGCUCACAAUAUCAGUCAGUCCACGAACCACAAAGUGUUUGCCUACAGCAUCUUCUACGUCUUCUACGAGCAGUAUCUCACCAUCGCGUAUGACACGGCUCUGAACCUGAGCGUUUCGCUGGCAUCCAUAUUCGUGGUGACGACGGUGUUGCUGGGAUUCGAGGCGUGGUCUGCCAUGAUGGUCAGCAUCACCAUCGGCAUGAUCCUUGUCAACAUGUUCGGCGUCAUGUGGCUGUGGAACAUCAGCCUGAAUGCAGUCUCUUUAGUGAACCUGACCAUGAGUUGUGGUAUCUCAGUGGAGUUCUGCAGUCACAUUGUGCGAGCUUUUUCCAUCAGUGUGAAGAAGAACAGGGUGGAGCGAGCGGAGGAGGCUCUGGCUCACAUGGGCAGCUCUGUGUUCAGUGGAAUAACACUAACAAAGUUUGGAGGGAUCCUGAUCCUAGCACUCUCUAAGUCUCAGAUCUUCAAGGUCUUCUACUUCAGGAUGUACCUGGCCAUAGUGUUGCUGGGGGCCACACACGGCCUCAUCUUCCUCCCUGUCCUGCUCAGUUAUAUCGGUCCUUCGGUGAACAAAGCAAAGGCAUUUGCUGCGAACAAACGCAUUGCCGGCACAGAAAGGGAGCGCCUCCUCAACUACUAGCGGGCCGGUUUGGACAACGAACAAUGAACUAACUAUUAGACUGUGUGGGUGUGAGUGCGAGCCGUCUCUGUGAUUACUGACACACUCAUCAUCAUCAUCAUCAUCGCUGCCGCUACUAUGCACGGAUUUAACUCAGGAAUAUACUCGUGGAGAGGUGUGCCGGAGGCCUUGUCAGACUGCAAACUUAUAUUGAUUUUCCUCAAGAAGACUUUGGACCCCCGACAUUUCACCUCUCCUCCCCCCUCCCCCUCUUUAUCCUCACACUACAGGACAAGCCCAAUUUCAGUAUUUUGAAACUUGAGCACCCAACCCAUCACAGAAGAAAAACUUGUGUGACAGUGUGGAAGUAGGAGAAACAAGGCGGCAAACAUCGGUCAGUGGACAGACUCUCAGCCGGCUACAUAUGCUAUGAGAUAUUUUGAUUUGGGAAAACUCUAAAGGGUUAAACUGGUCGUUAUUUUCAUGUUUUUUUUAAGGAUGAAACUGAGAUAUAGAAAGACAGCUUUUGAAAACAGGACUUUUGUAGAACUUUUUGGUAUUAUGACUAAAUGACGCAUUGAAGCUAACAGACAGAAAAAUGAUAUAGGCCCUUAUAGACUGGCAUUAACAUGUAUCAUAUCUGGGACUAAUAUUAUGAAGCAGGCUAGCUGGUUGCAGUAUUCUCACCUUGCAUUGAUGCACAGCUUUUAAAUAUUUGGAAAGCACUGUUGGAGUCCAGCUCCUUAGAUUUGAAUGACCUUUGCUUGAAUGCUUAAAGAGGAAUUGUAGCCCCUUAUUUCUUUGACAGCGUUUAUAAAAAAGCUAUAAGGCAAUGGUCUCUGCAGUCCUAGAACUUUAACACUGUGCAUCUUAGGUAUUCCACACUGCUCUUAAAGCUGCAUCAUGCCUGGUCUGCUGCACUGCUGUGCAUAUCUCUCUCUCUCUCUCUCUCUCUCUCUCUCUCUAUCUCUCUCUCUCUUAAAAACACUCACAGCAAUAACCCAAGUGUGUCUUCUCAGACACGUGACAUGUUGAUGCCAGGUUUAUAGGGUGCCAUCAUCCUAUAUACGGUUUUACACUCGAGUGACUGAAACUUUGCAGUUACUGAACUUUGUUUUGUUGCACCAUGAGAUGAAACUAAAUGUUUAACUGUAGAUAGCUCACCAGGACUGAUUCAGAUUUAUAACUUUGUCAUGUUGAAAACUGUUAAAUAACUGGAUAACGGUAAAGUCCAGACCUUUUCAUUCUUAGGCAUUAAGUUAUUAUAUUUUUAUUUUUAUUAUUAACAUUUUGUUACCAUGCUUUGCUGUUCACCUUUUACUUUGACCCAGUUGGUACAAAAUCUUUUACCUGAACAGCAAUGGUCCUCGUUUUUAAACCCCCUCCUCCCCCUUUUUUCUUUUCUUUAGAUGCGGUAAAAAUGUUGUUACUGCUGAGAAAUGAAAUCAUGGAUGUGAGCAUUUGUUUAUCGGCUACUAAUAGAACAAGUUGUCUCAUGAAUGAUGCAGAAAUGUGUCUGUUAACAGUGCUGUGCAUUGACAUGGACAAAUCGUCUCUGACACUGAGGAAUGUGAUUGUGGGGAAAAAGUCUUUAGUUUUUAACUAUUUUAACACAUAUUAAACUCUUCUCAGAUUUUUGAA